AUGCCACCCAGGAUUCUUACUCCCUUCCUUACUCCCUUCCAUUCCAGGGCAUUUAAUGUCUCUGUUCUACAAAACCCAUUCGCAGCAUUAUCCCUAGGCCCGUCUCCGGCCUCGUCGAGAAUAGCCCUUUUGAGUAGCAAAAGCCGUUCGAAGAAGAGAAAAAGACAGAAUCCUUAUGCAAUUGCUCAGGCUCGGCAGCGGAAAGCUGCGAACUUGUCACGACAAGCUGUCCUGAAAAAGGAACGUGCUGCAACAUAUGGGGACCCUGUGCUCGGCAAUCCCACUCCCUUUAUCAAAUCCCUGAUGCCAAAGCAACUUGAAAUCGUUGAUCCUAUGACCCAGCAAAAGGGCAACGAACCGCCCAAUACAAGUUCUACCCAAUCUAUAAUCCCCGACUUCAACCACUACCUCACGUCGGAGGAAUUCGAAGAUGCCCUUGCUCGAUCGAAACGUCUUACGGAACCCGUGGUCAACAGUGAGAGCGCCAUAUCUGAUCCACAAUCCAAGGAGGAAAAACUGCUGGAGCAUGAAGCGGCUCACCGUAACGCGCAACAAGCAAUCAGUCGCAUUAUACAACUCGACAAUGGCAGCAACAAAGAUCGCACCCGAGUAAACAUUCAACGGUGCAUACACACGUUUGGAAGACAUGUUACAGAAUCGAUGCUUGAACCCAAAACACCUGCGGCCAUCGAUCCCUCUGCAUCCAAGUAUCCCCCAAGGUCAACACGAGCUGGUCCGGACACAGGCUCCUCAGAGGUGCAGAUUGCCAUUCUGACCACGAAGAUCCUGGUGCUUGCUCAGCAGAUGGCGAAGUAUGGGCACAAAGAUAAACAUAACAAGCGAAAUCUGCGAUUACUUGUUCACAAGAGACAGAAACUGUUGAAAUAUUUAAGGAGAAAGGAACGUGGUGGUCCGCGGUGGCAGCACUUGAUCAAUACGCUUGGUUUGACCGAUGCGUCAUGGAAGGGAGAAAUUAGCCUGUGA